AAGUGCACUGACCAACUGCUCACAAUUGCAGUAGCCCAAGCGCUGUAACAGCAGUCGCAGUCCCUGAAUACUUAGAUUAACGGAUUGCAAUAAUAAAAAAAAAUAAUCACCGGCACAGCCAAGAGACGGCAUAACCUCGAAAAAAAAAACUAAAAAAAAAUAUGAAAAAAAUUAUUUUUUUGCUCUGCUGCAGCGUUUUUCUGCAUAGCAUUAGCAGCGCGCCGGCACCAGCUCCCGCACCUCAUGGCAUCACCACCACCACCAUCACUCCGAGUUAUACUGUUGGAGUCGGUCUUACGCCCGUCGUCACGGCGCGCAGUCAUCAAGUGGUCGCACACAAUUACCAUGGCCUCUACGUGCCCACCGCAACCACCACCGUUGGCUAUGUGCCCGCGAGCUAUGUACCAGCCGUAGCUGCAUAUCCUGGUUAUACUGCAACAACAGGCUACCGUUACGGUUACGGUUAUUACCCAGCUUACGGCUAUAGCUAUGGCUAUGGGUCCGCUGUGCCCACGACGACGGCCUUGUGGUGAUGAUGUGUUAACGCUAAUAUGAGCAAAGCUUAUGUGGGCGAGACGAGUUUUGUAUGAGCGCAUGUGUAUGUGAGUGUGUGAGUGUAGGAGUGUGUAGGAGCGUGUAUUUGUUUGAAGUGCGGAUUUGCCAGGAUACGCGCUGCUGAGUUGAUGAGUUUGUUUUACGUAAAAUGGUGAAGCAACCGCUUGAUGUGCUGCACUCUUAUCUGCUGAAAUAUACAUUUUUUUUAUUACUAUUUUUUUUGUUGUUUUUGUUUUUGUUUUUUGCUUUGCACUUGAUGUGGUCUGAUAUCCGUUAGCCGGAGCUGAUGUGUUGAUGUGGUAGGACAGGCUGGUUGAUUUAUAAGGAACUCAUACAAUAAGCUUUAAUGUUAUGCGGUAGCAGCGACGGUGGGGUGUGGCAGGCUUGUGUGUGCAAACGUUACUUGGUAUGGCAAAUCUCUGGAGCCGACAAGCCUCUAAAUAUGUAUACAUAUAUGUAAUAUUAUGAAAGAUGUACUAUUUUGCAUUUUAAAUAAAUAAAUACGAAACGAAUCAAGGAAUUUUCACAU